ACAGUACUAAUCCUAUCGGAAUGUAUGUGCACGACGAUAAUGAAACUCGCGAACGACAAGCCCAAAAUCUAAAUCUAGAUAUGCAAGUGAUUCGUUCAAUAACAAAUUUUAUGCACAAUGUAAAUCCAUACAUUGAAUGUUUCAAACGGUUAAAUCGCGAAACAUCCGAAAAUGCUCACAUUAUUUUUGAACAAACGUCACGUAGCUCGCAUGGAAAUAUUCUAGGAGAUUUGCCAUUAGGCAGGGAAGUGGCCGCCAUUAUUAGAACAGAAGUAGAACAAUUCACUCCUCAUUGUAUCGCUAUUUGGAAAGAAGGCCACCGUAGCCCCCACACAGUUGAUAUUUUACAUCCGUGUUAUGAAAGUUUUCAAUAUCCUUUACUGUAUCCAUAUGGUAACCCCGGUUGGUACCCAAAUAAAUUAGACAACAAAGGCAGUAAGCUGACACAAUUAAAGUACAUUAGGUGCUUAUUACUUUCAGAAUCGCGAUUUUCGGAAUUUAAUCGUCUCUCAGAGGAGUGGAUUAUAGAUAUGUUUAAUAGGAUUUCUGAUGAACGCUUACGCUAUAUUAGCAAUAUGCAGACUAAAAAUUCCGAUUCUGCUUUAAGGUCAGCGCCUCUUCAUGAAAUUGAAGCAUUAAAUAAUGACGAAACUAUUCAAGGCGAAGGUGGUGUUGUCCCUGGAAAAAUAUAUCUCCCGUAUAGUUUUACUGGGAGCCCCAGAUACAUGAAAUUAAAGUAUCUGGAUUCCAUCGCUUUAGUGAAUAGAUUAGGACAACCUUCUUAUUUUAUUACAAUUACUUGCAAUCCGAAUUGGGUUGAAAUUAAACAGUCGGUCCCUUCAGGACAAAAAGCUAACCCAUUAAUUUGUGCCAGAGUUUUUAAUUUAAAAUUAGCACAAUUAAUUAAAGAUAUCCGUUCCGGAAAAUGGUUCGGAAACUUUGUAUAUCUCAUGCACGUCAUUGAGUUUCAGAAAAGAGGCCUACCUCACGCACAUAUUUGUUUCCGAGUUGAAGGCGGAGGCCCGGUACAUAAUACCGAUAUUGACAAAUUUGUCAGGGCUGAUAUACCUAAUCCAUCUGAAGCCGAAGGGAGGUUGCGCAAAGCUGUACUUGAUCACAUGAUCCACGGCCCUUGUGGCCCUUCUAAUAGAACUGAUCUUCCUUGUUGGAAUGAUGAAAAAAAAAAAUGCUCAAAAUUUUUUCCAAAAUGUGAAACAAACACUACCUUCUGUGAUGAUAGAGGCUUCAUCAAUUUAAAACGCAAUAGUAAAAACGAAGCCGAAAUAACAUACAGAGGUAGAAAAAUUAAAAUUAAUGAUCGUUGGGUAGUUCCAUAUAACGCCGCCUUACUCCUUAAGUACGAUUGUCAUCUUAAUGUCGAAGUGUCCACAGCUACUGCCGUUGUCAAGUACUUAUUUAAAUAUAUUACGAAAGGCGCUGAUCAUUCUCGCGUAGCAGUUGUUUUGGAUGAAAAUCGAAAUGACGAAAUCGAAAACUACGUCACUAAAAGAUAUUUAGGUUCCUGCGAAGCGACGUGGCGUAUUUUAGAAUUUGAUUUGGUUUGCCGCGAACCGAAUAUAAAACAACUCGCUGUUCAUCUGGAAGGGCAACAAUACGUUUAUUUCAAACCCGGGACUGAAACGGAAGCUGCAAAUAGAACGACGUCAGAUUUGAUAACAUAUUUUAAUCGACCUGCUGGGUUAAAUUUUGACAAUUUAACGUACCAAGAUUUUUACGAAAAAUAUAUUAUUCACGCCACACGUCCCCGAACUAAAAACGUCGAAAUUUUAGAAACUUCAAAUAACCGGUUCGUAACCCGGCGACAACGAGGCGAACUCGUGGCGCGAUUAUUUUUCGUUGCACCAAAUAGAGGUGAACAAUUUUAUUUGCGUCUUUUAUUAGCUUCAUAUCCCUGUCGUAGUUACAGAGACCUUUUAAAUUUGGGUGGUCCAGAUUGCAUGACGUUCCAGGAAGCUGCCAAAACGGUCGGGCUCGCGAACGAUGAAGCUGAGUACGAAAAAGCUAUGACUGAGGCUUGUGCUUUUUUCACUGGACCGCGUCUGCGUAACUUUUUCGUUCUUUUGGCUGUGAACGGUAUUCCAGUCGCGUCUCUCUGGUCAAAAUUCCGCAAUCAAAUCAGUGAAGAUUUCAUCCAUCGUCAACCCGAUGAUAUUGACCGCGCGUAUCAUUCAUGUCUUGUAAUAAUCGAUCGCCUUUUGAGAAGACACGGUACGUGUCUAAUCGAGCAGGGUUUGCCAGACGUCGCCGACGAAACGACCGAGUUAGGGCGCGAGCAAACAGAAUAUAACAGGAAUGUUUUGAAAAACUUUGUCAAUGAUUGGUUACCUAAAUUAUCACCGGAACAAAAUGAAAUAUUCGAGUAUGUAAAUAAACUGGUAACCAAUCAAAACUUUCGGGAAAGUCAUAACAGCGCAAUUUUCAUUGACGGCCCCGGCGGCACCGGUAAAACAUUACUUUUAAACGUUAUUACUGCACAUGUUAGGGGUAAUUUAAACGGUAUUGUUUUAUGCACUGCAUCGUCGGGUAUCGCCGCGCAAAAUCAUGAAAAUGGUACAACCGCACAUAGCAUGUUCCGGUUUCCACUAAAUCUUGUAGACGAUCUUGGGUAUUGGAAUAUUACAAACGGUUCGCAAAGGGCAGAACUAAUACUCAAUGCGAAUCUAAUAAUUUUUGACGAAGCUCCGAUGGCUCACAAAUGGCUAAUUCAUUUAUUAGAACGAUCUUUACGCGAUCUAACAAAAAUCGACAAAAUUUUUGGUGGAAAAAUUAUUAUUUUUGCAGGUGAUUACCGCCAAAUUCCACCAGUAGUAGUUGACGCAAAACACAAUUCGGACGUUUUCAAUGCAUCAGUUAAAUCAUCACCUAUUUGGCAAAAAUUAAAAACAUUCUCUUUGGUAACGUCACAAAGAUGUAGAGAUGACUCCGAAUUUUCUGAAUUUUUACUAAAAUUGGGAUCAAAUCAAUUAACUUCUGUAACUUUGCAUACAAACCGAACUGUUGAAAAUUUAGUAAAUCUCUCAAUGAUUUCAUUUGUUUCUAAAUUAGAUGAUUUGAUUGAUUUUGUUUAUCCAAAUGUCAUAUUAACUGAACCUGAUGUUUGCGUUCACAGGGCUAUAUUAUCAACUCAUAAUGCAAGCGUAUACGAAAUUAAUGCUAAAAUAUUAGAACUUUUACCUGAAGACCCUUUGCAUUUUUACUCGAUAGAUGAAGUAGUAAGUGACAACGCGGACCAAAUCUUUCUAGGUGUCGACGCUUUAAACCGAAUGCAGCCAAAAGGAAUACCGGAACAUGAUUUAACUUUAAAAGUAGGAUGUGUGUGCAUGGUUAUACGAAAUUUAAAUUUUUCCGAUAAAUUAGUGAACGGGACCAAAGUCAUUGUAGUAAAUACGUCUCCUCGCCUAAUAACCGUUCGCAAGCCAGGACUAUCCGAUGAUUAUUUAAUACCAAGAAUUAUUUUUAAAGCGCCCGUCGAGCCAGGUAGCCCUAUCGAAAUGUGCCGCCGUCAAUUUCCAUUACAAGUUUGUUACGCAAUGACUAUUCAUAAAUCUCAGGGUCAAACAAUAUGCCGUGUUGGGGUAGACUUGCGUUCGGAUGUUUUCAGUCACGGCCAACUUUAUGUCGCUCUUAGCCGCGCUCAACAUCGACAAAAUAUCAAAAUACUUGUAAAUGAAGAACGCGUUAUAAACGGCAACCCGCUCGCAAAUAAUGUAGUUUAUCCGCCGUUAUUGUAAAUACAGACAGCUUUCUGAAAAUUGUUCACCACGUCAGAUGGCAAAUCAAGAAUCAUGAUUAUAUUUUUUAAAUUUAGUUAUAAAAUCAAAAUCAUGUUGAAAUAGCAACUAUAUUGCGCGUUUUUUAUAUUUUAUUUUUUGCAUAAGUAGUUAGUUUAUAGUUUACAUUUACACACAUGCACUGUGUUACUAUUCACCGAAAUGAAAUUAAAGAUUUGAAAUUGGAUCAAUUACUGAAGUAAAUUACUUUGCUUGUGUAUUUAUGAUCUGUUUGUAAAUGAUGGACAAUAUAGUGAGGACAGUACUGAAAUUUAUCAUAGCACAUGUUGGGUAUGGGAAUAACAAUAUUCGUUAAUCUUUGUGUUAAACAAUAUUAUUAAUAUUUGCAAUGCAACUGACUUGUGAACUCCUUUGAAUCGGAACUGAUGAGGUUAGAAUUGCUGUAAAAGGAUCCGAAAGAUGAUAGAAGGCUGUGUACAGUGUGGAUGAGUGAUUGUCCAGUGAGAACGCGUGGUCAGUACUUUCCAGGACGCAGCAGACCGGGAAAUGAGGAAGAUGAGUUAAAGUGACGGGGAACUUACCAUUUUUGAACUCAGGAUUCGCAAACGCGAAUGUGAUGUUGUAUUCAAGAGUAACUACUUAUAGACUUGGAGCCGAGAAGUUUAUUCCAUGUAUGUAUUUUAA